AUGCAGGAGGAUGAGAGUUUGCAAGACAGUCACCAUGGGCAUCAGGGAGGAUUGAUUGUUAUAGUGGCAUAUUCCAUCAAAUGGUCCUUUGUGCCAAUUUCCAUGAGUAAGAUUACUUUUUCUCUUCCACUCCAGGUGCUGCAAAGCCGUAAGUUUUGGGGCUGCCUCUUGGCAGAGGCCUCUGGCACCCUUAUCUUUGUCUGGGUGGUGCUGGGUGCCUCCUGCCCAGCUGGUCCGACAGAGGAGCUCCCUUCCCCACUCCAGCCAGCCCUAGCCGCAGGGAUGGUAGCUGUCAGCUUGGCUCACUGCUUUGGAGAGAUCAGUGGUGCUCAAGUCAACCCAGCCCUCACCAUGGCCUUCCUGUGCACCCGCAAACUAGACGUUUUGCACGCAGUAAGCUAUAUCACUGCUCAGUGUUUGGGUGGCAUCAUAGCAUCUGGAAUUUUCUAUCUUAUGCUGCCCACCACAACCAUUGGACAUUUGAUCACAAAGGUCAACAGUGAGGGAAAUGCUGGGCAGGCUUUAGGAAUGGAGGUUUUUUCCACCUUCCAGCUGGCUCUUACUAUCUUUGCUGUGGAAGACCAUCGGAGGCAUGAAACAGGCGAGCCGGGGAUCCUGGCCAUUGGCUUCUCCGUGGUGGCAGGAGCUCUCGCUGCAGGCGCUUUCUCUGGGGGCAGUAUGAACCCAGCCCGAUCAUUGGGACCUGCAGUAGUCACCGGAAUCUGGAAGCAUCACUGGGUGUACUGGCUUGGACCCACAAUGGGUGCAAUCCUUGCUGGAGUAUCCUAUGAGUUCUUCUUGGCUCACAGUGCUUCACGAGAGAAGCUAGUUGCUUGUCUGACCUGCCGUGACAUUGAAAUUGUGGAAGCAGCCAGUAUGUCUCGUUCAUCGCUUUCUGCGUCUGCCAAGCCACCUUGCAAGGGAGAACUUGGCUCUGAGUAGGACACAGUAGCAUCAAUGACUACCACUCAUCUUCUUACUGCCUAUCUGUCACCUUAUUAGCAUUUCCUUACCAUGUCACCCAUUUUUAUCGUACAUGUAUAUGACUGGUUGGGCCCUGGCACUGAGGUGGUUCUGAAAUGUGAAGCCCUUUAGGUGACACUACACAUAGAAGUAGCAGCAGAGUGGAAACUGGAAGGGGUUUCUGUACAUGUAUUGGUUAUGUAGAAAGAGGGAAUUCCAGCAGGUAACAAGCUAAAAUUCUGGAUUUUAUAUGGCAGUGUAGAUCCAGCCUUAGUUCCAUCAGCUGUUGUACACAUAUUGUCUUUUGCCUCUCACAGCAAAUGUCUGAGGCAAAAUAUUUUCAGUCAGCCUUGCAGCACAAGAAAACAGGAUUUCUCUCAUCCUACUUAAAGAACAUGAAGGGAUAACACUGGAGGAAGCCUAGAAGCCAGGAUUUCUGGGCUCUUUUUAUCCCUGGAUUGAAACAGGGGGAACUAAGAAAUAGGGGGAUUUCUGGCUUGUGUCUCAAGACUGACGUGAUGAUGAAGACUGACAUGAUGAAGAAGAAGUUGAGAACUUGAAAUUAGGCCUCUGGAAUUUCCUUUCAUAUUCUGACACUGUUUUAUCUAAAUCCCCUUGGCAUGUCCGUUCCCCUUCACCUUGUUCCCUCUCCCCUCUGUAGCAUUGAUCAGAGAACAUCCCCAAAAGUCCUACAGCACCCCUUUGUUCUCUCUUCCACAUGGGUGGAGUUCAACAACAGGCAUAAGUCAACCCCUGCAGUAAUCCUGAUGCACAAUAAAAUGGGACACUGCA